UUUUAAAAGUUAUGUCCAGUUAAUAGCCGAAGGCAAAUUACGUCACUUAGUUAUGUAAAAAAGCAAUUUCUUUUUAAUUCUUUUUAUUUUCCUGAAGAAAAAAUGAGAAAAGCAGGUAUCUCAGAGGAAAUUCCGGUUGCAAGUAUAAAUGGUGAAGAAGAUCCUUUUGAAUCGCUUGAAGAAAAUGUCAAAGAGCUUAUAUCAUGUGGCUUAGUAGAGAAAGAUUUUGCUGUUGAAGAUUACGUAAACAUAGAUUUUGAUAUUUGUACAAGCGAAGCAAUCGCUAUCACAGAUCGAGAAAUUCUGGAUUCCAUUUUAAUCAACAAUUGUGCUGAGGUAGAUGAGGAGAUAGAUGAAGAUUCUAACAAUUUGCCUCCCGUAAAGCCAAAAUUAUCAGAGGUUGCAUGUGCAAUAGAGUUAAUUGAAUGUUGGUCUCUUUUUGAAAAUAACGGUGUCAAAAUCUGACAAUCGCUAAACCUAGUAUCAAAGAUGUUUGACAAACAUUCUUUAGAGGCAAAAAAGCAAUAGAAAAUGAAUGAUUUAUUCGAAAAAUUGUAAAGAUUUUAUUUCUUCAUUUUAGAUUUUUUUUAGAAGGUAAAGACUUAAACGGCAUCUUAUUCCAAAGUUUUUC